AUGCGCGACUUUUGCGACAUGUUUCCGCGGAUCCCGUAUCUGGAAAUCGAGCAAGUUUUGAGAAAAUAUGAUGGGGAUGUGUCGGCAACCCUGAAUGAACUGCUUUUCGAGGUAAAACAUGGGUUUUUGGGGGAAAAGGAGAAUUUUUGGCUGAAAUUAGCGCGCCACGUGGCAAAAAUUCGUCCAAAUUUCAAUUUUUACAAGAAAAACCAUUUUUAGCGUGAAAAAUGAAAAAAACAAGAAAAACACUUUUUCCUUCAAAAAUGUUUAAAAAAAAGCAAAUUUUGCUCCAAAAUCGCCACGUGGCAAUUAAUUUGAAUUCCAUGUGUUAAUUUUAAUUAAAAUUCCACGUUUCAAGUGUCAAUUCUCAUACGAAAAACUAUUUUUUAGCCUGAAAAAUGAAAAAAAAACCAAGAAAAACUAUUUUUCUUGGGCUUUGGUGGGAAAUUUUGCUCCAAAUCGCCACGUGGCAAUUAAUUUAAAUUCCAUGUGUUAAUUUUAAUUAAAAUUAAAAUUCCACGUGUCAAUUUUCAUACGAAAAUCAAUUUUUAGCCCGAAAAUUCGAAAAAAAACGAAAAAACAAGAAAUUUUUCGAAAAAAAAAGUGGGCGGAGUCACCUCACACACAAACCCUAGCAGCACGCGCAACCAGCCAGGUGUCGGCGGCGGCGCCAAUAGACCUUCCCGUCGUUUCCAAUUUUCGCUGAGACCAUACUAUACAGAAUCAUUUCUGCAGUAUGUAUCUCGUAAUUCCCAUUUAUCUGGUAAUGAUGCCAACUGCGAUGAACGGGGUGACGAGCGGAUUGCGAGCGUGAAACAGUCCAGGCUUUCUGGACUUGAUGACCGCGCAAGCCUGAAAUAUUUUGGACUUGUAGUGAUCUGCUCCUCUGAGCAGUAUGAUUUCCAGAAAUCUCCAACUUCUUCUGAGACUCAAGCAAAUCCCGAAGAUCGCAAGCGCGCCCUAAAGCAACAUCUCAAAUUCCUGCAAAAUCUCCUGGAUACUGUAACCGACAUCGAUUUGGCGCGAAGCUACGAAGAUCAACAAUUGGCAUGUCUUCUCGAGUUACGUGAACUUCAGAAAAAAUAA